UUGAGACUUAUCAUUAGGCCAACAACCGUUCUACUGUCCUCUCGAGAUCGUGUGAGUAAAAACCUUGUAUGGACAAAGCGAGCAAUUGAUUAAAACAGCAAUUGGCUUUACUGUGAAAUUAAAACAUAACAUUAAAAAUAAUUCAACUCAUUAAAUUGUCACAUGUGAGGGUGGAUUAAGUCGCAAAAGCUGCAUGGACAUCCAACAACAAACAUAUCAGCACGAAUUAAUAUGCUAUGAAAUUUUUAAUUAUAUAUGUGAUUAAAUUUUAUGCAUGAAAGCGGCCAAUAAAAAUAUUCAAAGUAAAAUUAUAAACUUUUUCAAAGAAAUAUUUAUAUAAAAGUAAACAAAUUGAAGCGAUCAUGCAGUCAGCAGCAAAUAAAGCGUGGAAAUAUGGACAGCAAGUGGUUUGUACUCGCUGGUAUGAUUUUGGCUUCCAUUGGAAACUUGCCACUCUUUUCAGGUGUAGAAGCUCGUUCCGCUUCAGUUAAAAUGAGUUUGGACUUGAGCGUUUCCGAGGACCAACAUCGCAUAACUGCAGAUAUGGUGCGCUUGUGCGCGCUUGAGACUGAUCUGUCAAUGGACGAACUGCGUAGGUUUAGCGAGAACGACUUCGCCAACGCCACGAAGGCCACACAAUGUUUCACACACUGCCUCUUCGAACAUAUGGGCUUGGUGAGUAACGGGAUAUUUGUGGAGCGUGACAUCAUUAGUUUCUUGGGCGAUGUCACCGAUCCUAAACGCAUGUUGGAACGUGAGUGCUUAGGUCAGUUCAGCGAUAAUAAGUGUGAAAGAGCUUUCCUCAUUCAUCAAUGCUAUCGUGCUGGUCAACGGCUGAUGAGGCCGCCGAAUAAUCAACCCGAGGCUGUGGAUCAACUGAUUGAGAAGCGUAAUAGGGAAGAGGAAACGCCGGCUGUGGACUUGCCUACAACGGAUACGGCAAUGGCGUCAGCGCACCGAAUGGCUCCUGAUGCUGAGCGUCAGCUACUAAUCAAAAACAUUCUAGCAAAACGUUUACCCAGGAAGCAAAACAUUAAACAGGGGUUGGAAGAGGAGUAAACCGAUUGAUAUUGAUAUUGAAAUAUAUAUGUAUAUAUAGUUUUGGUCAGGGAUUAUUCUUAUUUUUGUUAUAAUUUUUUGUUAGAAAUAACAGUGGU